AUGGCACCCCGAAAGUCAUCAUGGAUCGCCCUCGGGUGCGAAGGCUCAGCGAACAAGCUGGGGAUAGGCGUGAUAGAGCACAGCUUGUCGGGCUCGACCAAGAUCCUGUCCAACCUGCGCGACACAUUCGUCUCCCCCCCCGGCACGGGCUUCCUCCCCAAGGACACGGCUGCACACCACCGUGCCGAGUUUCCCCGGCUGGCGCGUGAGGCCCUGGCGGCGGCAGGCGUCUCGGUCGGCGACGUGGACUGCAUCUGCUUCACGCAGGGGCCCGGCAUGGGCGGGCCGCUGACCUCGGUGGCGAUCGGGGCGCGCACCCUGGCCCUCCUGUGGGGGAAGCCGCUGGUGGGCGUGAACCACUGCGUCGGGCACAUCGAGAUGGGCCGCGCCAUCACGGGCGCGUCGGACCCCGUGGUGCUGUACGUGUCUGGCGGGAACUCGCAGGUGAUAGCAUACGCCGAGCAGCGGUACCGCAUCUUCGGCGAGACUCUCGACAUCGCCGUGGGCAACUGCCUCGACCGCUUCGCCCGCACCCUGCGUAUCAGCAACGACCCGGCCCCCGGAUACAAUAUCGAGCAGCUCGCCAAGCGCGGGUCCAGGCUUCUCGACCUGCCCUACACCCCCUAG